GAAAUUCAUUGGCAUUUGAUUCAAUUUCCCAAGCAACAACAUUUCCAUCAAUUUGAAAAACCCGGAUGAGGAUGUCGUCCCGCGGGCGUGAGGGUGGAUUGAUCGAGGAACCAACUCGAGGAAAACCCGCCUGAGGAUGUGGUCUCGCCGGCGGCGCUACGGUGGAUCGACUGAGGAACCGACUCAAGACGGACCAAUCGGGUCUUGGAUUGGUUCCAAAUACACCAGGUUCUAAAAAUCUAGAACGGUCCGACCAGAUAUUUUCCCGACACCGUUCGACCACAGAAAAGUGAUGCCAAGCUCGAAAGAGCAAAAGGGUCGGUGACGCCACCGACACCUUCCACGUUAGCCAUGGCGACACCAUCGUCGCCAUCAACCCCUCUUUUUCCUCUGCUUCUCCUCCUCCUCCUCCUAUUUGUCGUCGUCUCAUCCUCACUCUCCUCCUCCGCUUCACUCUCCGACACCUUCCUCCAAUGCCUCGUCAAUCACACGCGGACACUUCAACAGCAGCAAGAGCCCUUCCAAAUCCUCCAUUCCCCGACCAACCUCUCGUUCCCGACCCUUCUCCAGUCUCUCGUCCGCAACCGCCGCUUCAACACCUCCUCGACCCCGAAACCACAGCUCAUCCUCACUCCCUCCCACCCAUCCCACGUCCAGUCGACUGUCCUCUGCGCCAGGAGAACCGGCACGGAACUCCGAAUCCGGAGCGGCGGGCACGACUUCGAAGGUACCUCCUACGUCGCCCGUGCCCCUUUCUUGAUUCUCGACAUGUUUAAUUUUCGGUCCAUUGAUGUCGAUGUCAAACAAGAGACCGCUUGGGUUGGAAGCGGAGCGACGCUUGGGGAAUUGUACUAUAGGAUUUGGGAAAAGAGUGGGCUUUAUGGGUUUAAUGCCGGGGUUUGCCCGACUAUCGGCGUUGGUGGGCAUUUGAGUGCUGGUGGAUACGGGAACAUGUUGCGGAAGUUCGGGUUGGCGAGCGAUAACGUGGUCGAUGCGCAGAUUGUGGAUGUCGAGGGUAGAGUUCUUGAUAGGAGCUCGAUGGGCGAGGAUUUGUUUUGGGCUAUUAGAGGUGGAGGUGGGGCAAGUUUCGGAGUGAUAUUGGGCUAUAGAGUGAAGCUUGUCCCUGUUCCGAAAGUGGUUACUGUUUUUAGAGUGGGGAGGACGAUUGAGGAAAACGCGACUGAGCUUGUGUAUCAGUGGCAGAACAUCGCGCCGAGGACUGAUAAUGAUUUGUUCAUGAGGCUUUUGCUUCAGCCUGUUAGUUCCAAGAGACAAAAAGGAGCUAAAACAGUUAAUGCCUCUGUUUUGGCUCUGUUUCUUGGAAAUGCAGAUAGGCUGGUUUCAAUGGUUAAUGAGGAGUUUCCGCUGUUGGGUUUGAGGAAAGAGGAUUGUGCAGAGAUGAGCUGGAUUGAGUCGGUUCUCUGGUGGGGGGACUUCGAUAGUGGUACUGCCGUGGAUGCUCUGCUCGACCGAAUGCCUAAGUCAGUGAAUUUCUUGAAGAGGAAAUCGGAUUAUGUGCGCAUACCGAUGUCGAGGGAGGAAUUGGAGUUGCUUUGGGAUAAGUUGAUUGAAUUGGGGAAGGUCGGAUUUGUGUUUAAUCCGUAUGGAGGAAAAAUGUGGGAAAUCCCUGCAUCAGACACUCCAUUCCCUCAUCGAGCUGGGAAUCUGUUUAAAAUACAGCACUCAAUCAGUUGGAAUGAAGAUGGAAUUGAAGUGGAGCUGAGUAAUCUGGCUAAAAUAAGAGAGCUUUACAAUUUUAUGACUCCGUAUGUGUCGAAAAACCCACGAAGGGCUUUUUUGAACUAUAGGGACCUCGAUAUCGGGAUAACUGAUAAUGGUGAAAAUAGCUACAAGGAAGGCAGUGUGUAUGGGGUGAAGUACUUUGCUGAAAAUUUCAAUAGAUUGGUGAAAGUUAAGACUGCAGUUGAUCCGCAGAACUUCUUCAGGAAUGAGCAAAGUAUUCCUCCUUUUCCAAGAUCCUCCUUGGCCAUGAGUCAGUAUUCAGGGUCAACAGAUACCGCUAGAAAAGUGACGGUAUUGGUCAUCCUCUUCCUCUUUUUGAAGGAUCUCAUGACCAUCUAUUCCUAGAAAUGAGGGCCAGCGCCUUCUCGAGGGAAGUUAGACUUGCUCAGCUUUCUCUUUGGAAGGAAGGAGGACAGCAAUAAUGCUCCAUCUUGUGCCGUCAGUUGGAAUCCAUUAGUUGGCUACUGACACUAGCAAGGAAGAGGUAAUCACGUCUUCCUUCAUGUAAUGUCUACCUUGUCGCCACUGGAUGACACGCAUGAUUUGCCAAAACGCAGGGUACAUCUGAUGCGGGACUUGGCUGCUCUUAUUGAUUGCUUGUGGAGUUCCUCCACUCUAGUAGAUUGGUUUCCCGGGAGGACAGGGAGGAAUUGAAGUCUGUGGUAGACUGUUGCUUGAUGGCACUUGUUGGUUGCUGCCUGUGGAGGAACUCUGCAAGAUUGAUUUACCAGG